UCCAGUGGACAUUUAACCUAUGCAUAAACCGCUAUUGAAUUAAGCAGCUUAAAUCAAAAGACGCCUCGGACUUUCAAUUAUACAAAACGAAAUUUCAAAAUGUUGUUUUGCCAACCAACCCAAACAGAACCUAAACACAAGCAGUAAUUGAUUAGGCCAUUUUAUAGUUUCGAGUGGCUAAACUCAGGGCGCCUGAACCAACAAUUUAGGAGAUCAAAAUUGCGAAAUGGCCAGCCAACAGCCGAUCCAGAACCAGCCCAACCAAGGGGUUGAGUGGAUGAGCGCCCCACAGGCUGUCACUGGCGCACCCCCGGGGCUGGAAUAUCUGGGAGCACUUGACCAGAUCAUUGUAAAGCAAAGGGUGGAAUUACUGGAAAUGCUUAGUGGAUAUGAAACACAGAAUAAAUACGAUGUCAAGAACAGCAUGGGUCAACAGUGCUACUUUGCUCAAGAAGAGUCCGACUGUUGCAGCCGACAAGUCUGUGGACCAAACAGGCCUUACGUCAUACACAUCACUGACAACAACGGACAGGAGGUGAUGAGUGUCCGCCAUGAAUUCGUCUGCUGCACGGGUUGUUGCUGGUGUGCCACCAACUCUUCCUGUGGAUACGAGGUCGCAAUCGAGGCUCCAGUUGGGAACAUUAUUGGCUAUGCCAAGCAACAUACCUCGGCCUGGAAACCCCACAUCCGCGUUUUGGACGCCAACCGACAGGAGAUGUUCGUACUGAGAGGACCGUGCUGCUGGGGGUGUCAGAACGUGUACUGCACGGACGACAUCGAAUUCUCGGUUACAGAUCAAGCAGAAGAUAAAUAUUUGGGCCGGAUGUUCAAACGCUGGGCCGGAUGUGGACGUGAAACGUUUACGGACGCAGACACGUUCGGUGUCACCUUUCCUUUGGACAUGCCUGUACCAGCCAAGGCUUUGCUGUUUGGCGCUGUUUUCCUUGUGGACUUCAUGUAUUUUGAAAGAGCAAAGCACAGUUACUAAUUAGAAUGAACAUAUCUACAUCACUAUUCUAACGGAAAUUGAAACCCUGCGCCUACAUGUUGAAGAAAGACUAGCGCAACUGAAUACUCAUUAAACCUCUAUUGAUUGCCA